AUGGAGACUACUUCUAAACAAAAUGUGCCGAUGAAAUCUGCUGAGAUCAUCGCUGAGGAAAUUUCUUCUAAACAAGAUUUUAAAACUGCUUUUGCAACAUUGAAGGACAACAAUGUGGAAGAAAUUAAACCUGAUGAGAUAAGAGAUGAUGAUGUUUAUCCUAAACCCGUUGUCGAAACUGAGGACAUAAUUGACGAGAUGGAAUCUAUAGACAUCGAUGAAGAGGACAAGACAGUGUCUUUGGAAUUUGAAACACAACAAGAUAAGAUGCUUAGUCCUAAUAAUAAUGAUGAUGAUGAUAGUGAGAGUUCUUAUGAUUCAAAAGGCGACGCUGAUGAAGAUGAAACAAUGGAUGAUAAAGAGAAGCCAAAACCCGACUCACCAGAUUCUAACCCAUCGACUUCUGCUUGGACGGAGAAAGCAGCUGCGAUCAAGAACUUCGUUAGAGUGAAGAGUGAAGUUGCCGUACAUACAUUUAUGCGCCGUCUUUCCGGGAAAAUGAAUGAUGACAAUGCAUUUCACGAUGAAAGAGAUGAUGAAACCAAAUGGGUUGAGUCUCCAAAAGCAGAGGGAAAGUCGUCCAUAUGGAAUCCUUUAAGCUACUUGAAGAUGAUGCAGAACGAUGACACAGUUGAAAAAGUAGAAUUGACAAAUGUGGAGGCGGAGUUGGAGCCUGUAGUGAUGAAAGGUAGGAUUAUAUUAUAUACACGAUUAGGGUGUGAGGAAUGCAGAGAAUGUAGGUUGUAUCUGCAUGGAAAGAGGCUUAGAUAUGUCGAGAUAAAUAUUGAUAUCUACCCAUCUAGAAAGCAUGAUCUUGAAAAGAUUGGUGGGUCAUCUUCUUCAGAUGUUCCUAAGGUAUUCUUCAAUGAAGAAUUAGUCGGGAGCUUCAAGGAGCUUAAGGAAUUGGAUGAAUCAGGAGAACUUGAUGAGAAGAUUAGACAUUUGAUAGAUGAAGCAUCACCUAGGGAAGCUCCUCUGCCACCAUUCUCAGGAGAAGACGAUGCAUCAAGUAAAGGUCCUGUAGAUGAACUAGCUUUAAUAGUGCGGAAGAUGAAGCCUUGCAUCGUUAAGGAUAGGCUUUAUAAGUUACGAAGGUUCAAAAACUGUUUUUCAGGUUCAGAUGCUGUGGAUUUCUUAUCAUCUGAUCAGUGUUUAGAAAGAGAUAAGGCCAUUGAAGUUGCCAAAAAAUUUGCAAGACAACUCUUCUUUCAACAUGUCUUAAAUGAGAAUCUGUUUGAAGAUGGGAAUCACUUGUACCGGUUUCUGGAUGAUGACCCUAUCGUGUCAUCUCAAUGCCAUAACAUCCCUAGAGGAAUAAUUGAGAUAAAGCCAAGGCCGAUCAUUGAAAUUGCGUCAAGACUAAGACUUCUGUACCAAGCAAUUCUUGAAGCUUAUACUUCACCAGAUGGAAAACAUGUUGACUAUAGAAGCAUUCAUGGGAGUGAAGAGUUUGCAAGGUACCUACGGAUAAUCCAAGAGCUUCAUAGGGUACAACAACUUGUAGAUAUGCCGAGAGAAGAAAAGCUUGCCUUCUUUAUUAAUCUUUAUAACAUGAUGGCUAUCCAUGCAAUACUUGUAUGGGGACAUCCAGCAGGACCACUUGAACGAACAAAGAUGUUCGGAGAGUUUAAGUAUGUUAUUGGUGGCUACACUUACUCACUCUCGGCUAUCCAAAAUGGUAUUAUAAGGGGUAACCAGCGACAGCCUUACCAUCUUACGAAACCUUUUAAUGAAAAGGAUAAACGGUCCAUGGUUGCUUUGCCUUAUGCAGAGCCUUUGAGUCAUUUUGCUCUAGUUUGUGGUACUCGUUCUGGACCACCUCUCCGAUGCUUCUCGCCUGGAGAGAUUGACAAAGAGCUCAUGGAGGCAACUCGCGACUUCUUAAGAGGAGGAGGACUCGUUGUUGAACUCAGUUCCAAAGUUGCAUACAUUAGCAAAAUCUUUAACUGGUAUGCGGUGGAUUUUGGAAAUUGUGAAAAGAAAGUACUGAAGCAUGCAUCAACCUACUUGGAACCUCAACUUUCAGAAGCGUUGCUGGAUGUGCUAGUUGAUACUCAGUUUAAAGUUGUCUACCAAACAUAUGACUGGGGACUUAACAACUAAA